AUGUCUUCAGCCGAUCCUUCAGGGACAGGCACAGCCGAAACUGCCACAGAUACAGCAUCAAUCACCAGCUCUAUCGUCAGUUCCUUAAUAUCUUCUGCGAUAUCCGCUUCCAUAACUGGAACCCCCGCCGCAACAUCCUCUGAUGGCCCUUCAAAGACAUCUUCGGGAGGUUACACGCCCGCGGAGACAACCAGUGCUGCGACUAGUGAACGAGGUGUUGGCAUCGCCACUUUCUUCACUUCUUUGGUAGUAGCCGUUAUUGUCUUUUCAGUACAGGUGUUUGCAUUUCUGUUACUGAGAAACAAACUCGCCCGUAUCUUCAAACCGAAAACCUACCUUGUCCCCGAACGAGAACGAACCGACUCCCCUCCGACGACUCUUUUUGGCAUGUUCAAGACAUUAUGGCACUACAAUGACCGUGAAAUCAUCAACAAGUGUGGUCUUGAUGCCUACUUCUUCCUCCGCUAUUUGAAAACGCUUCUCAUCAUCUUCAUUCCGAUUUGCUGCAUUGUUAUGCCAAUCCUGAUUCCUAUCAACUAUGUUGGAGGUAUUGGUAAAGAAGUCAACGUCGACGACAAGACUCGCGAAGAAGAACAGAGCAACGAUAGGCCUACCGGUCUGGACACACUCGCAUGGGGAAACGUUAGCAACAAGAAUCUCGACAGAUACGGAGCUCAUCUACUGAUGGGUAUCCUUGUCGUUAUCUGGGUUUGCUGGGUUUUCUUUAUUGAACUCAAGAUCUAUGUCAAGGUUCGCCAAGAUUACCUUACCAGCGCGGAGCACCGCCUCAAGGCUUCGGCUACCACCGUCCUGGUAAACUCCAUUCCUGCUAAGUGGCUCAGCGAGGAAGCCUUGACAGGAUUGUUUGAUGUUUUCCCUGGAGGAAUUCGAAACAUCUGGCUGAACCGAGAUUUAUCGCCACUGCUUGAAAAAGUAAAGGAACGCAACGAUAUCCAUCAGCAACUGGAGUCUGCCGAGACCGACCUCAUCAAGUCAGCAAAGAAGGCCCAGCUCAAGCAAACAAAAGCAGCCGAAAAGAAGGAACGCAAGGAGAGAAAGCUCAAGGCGGUCACCAAGAAAGAAAGAGCUGAAAGAGAUGCUCAACUAGAUGCCGAAGCUCAACGAAUGGCAAAUAGUGCCGGAGGCCAAGCGGCCGGCGAUAAGCACGAAGUUCCUCAUUCGGUUGACCAAGGUGUUCGCGAAUCAGAGCACGACAUGGACCAGGUAGAGGGGCACCACACUGACAAGGAGAAGUCAAAGGGAUUCAACGUACUGGACCCUUUCUCCAAGGUCGGCCAAGGCAUCUUGGGCGUUGUCUCCAAAGCCGAGAAAAAUGUGGAUAAUACUCUCGAAACAACCAACGGCUUUAUGGGUUUGCAGCAGGACGAGAAGCGCGCGCCGUCUCGCGGCUCUGACAGGUAUCGUAUUCGGCCUUCUACAGACGAAGAUGAGCUUAAUUCGCCGUCGGACACUCUUCGAGUGCUGAACCAGUCACGUAACACGGAUAGACACUCAGGGGAAAGCACCGCUGCUAUGCAUAAACCAGGAAACACAGUUCGAAAAAUCGGCAACAUCGAUGAGAUCUACGUCAAAGAAGACUCGAAGUGGUGGGAAUUUUGGAAGCCUCCCCCUGGUGCUUAUGCUUCUCCUGUCCCGCAGGGAGAUGUCGCAGCAGCUUACCGAGAGCGCAAGGACGCACAAAGUAAGCCUUUGUGGCAGAGAAUCAAGUAUGCGCUACCCUUCGUCAGCCCCGAAAUAGAGGAGGGUCCGAUCGAAUAUGCCACAGCAUUCAACCCCGACUACAAGGAAGAUGCUGAGCCUGCGGAAUGGGAGAAAUAUCUUAAGAAGAAGGAUCGCCCAACCCAUCGCCUCCCCUUGUUCGGAAAGAAAUGGCUAUUCCCUAUCCCUCUAGUUACGAAGAAGGUCGACACAAUCUACUGGUGCCGUGAACAGCUGGCUCGAUUGAAUGUGGAGAUUGAGGAGGACCAGAGCCAUCCCGAGCGCUACCCACUCAUGAACUCUGCUUUCAUCCAAUUCAACCACCAAGUCGCCGCUCACAUGGCUUGCCAGAGCGUUAUCCACCAUAUACCCCAGCAGAUGGCUCCGAGAAUGAACGAAAUCUCACCUAAAGAUGUCAAUUGGGACAACAUGGCCUUCAGCUGGUGGCAGGAGUGGCUUCGAUCAGGAAUAGUCUUUGCAGCCGUUGUUGCUAUGCUUUUCCUCUGGGCUAUCCCCGUUGCUUGGACAGCCGCGCUGAGUCAACUUGAUAAUUUGAUUCGAAACAACGAAUGGUUAUCUUUCCUCAAGGACGACCCGACUGUACACAAGAUCGCCAAGUCCAUAGCAGGUGUCUUGCCUACCAUCGUGCUCGCUCUUCUAUUGUUCUUGGUCCCCGUCAUCCUGGGCUUCUUUGCCGAUUUCAAGGGUGUCAAAACAGGCUCCCAAAAGACUGAAUUUGUGCAGCGCUACUACUUUGUCUUCUUGUUCAUUCAAGUCUUCUUGAUUGUUUCCAUUGCGUCGUUCUUCGCGGCCUCCAUUGAUGCCCUCGUGAACAACUUCAAGGAACUCAAUACAGUUGAAAAGGUUCUGGAUCUUCUUGCAAAGAAUCUCCCGACUGCCGCAAACUAUUUCUUCUCUUACAUGAUUCUACAGGCACUGUCUACGAGCUCUGCCACGCUCGCACAAAUUGGAGCUUUGGUCAUGUGGUAUGUCAUUGCCAAGAUGCUCGAUAGUACUGCACGUAACAAGUGGUCCCGAAACACCAAACUCAACCAGGUCACCUGGGGUCGAUUGUUCCCUAUCUACACCAACUUCGCCUGCAUCGGACUGGUAUACUGCGUUAUCGCGCCACUCAUUUCCAUAUUCGCAAUUAUCACUUUCGGUUUGUUAUGGAUGGCUCAGAGAUACGUCAUGCUCUACGUAAACCGAUUCGAGCAUGAUACCGGUGGUGUUUUGUACCCCAGAGCUAUCAAUCAGACGUUUACUGGUAUCUACUUUAUGGAGCUUUGCAUGGCAGGUUUGUUCUUCAUUGCCGAGGCUCCGGAUGGCACGAACGAGUGUACAGCUCAUGGUGCUGUCAUGAUUGUUGUCUUCCUCCUCACGGGUCUUUACCAAGUGCUGCUGAACUAUGCAUUCGGGCCACUGUUCCGUUACCUGCCGAUAACAUUCGAAGACGAGGCAGUAUUGCGUGAUCAAGCCUUCCAAAGAGCACAGGAUCAACGUCUUGGUCUCAUUGACAAUGACGAGCUACAAGAGGAAGAGGAGGACGACAUCAAACAGCCAGAGAAGAAUGGAGAAAAUGGUAAUGCCAUCGAAAUGCGAAGAUUUGGCUCUGUGCGUCGACCCAUGAAUAAAGUUGGCACAUGGGCAAAGGGGGGUGGUCAGCAACUGCGCAAGAUUGGUGUUGUGAAUAAGGCAUCAGACAAGAACAAGAGAGCGUCACUGUACCGAGAGAAACACCGACGAAAGGAUAUCGAAGCUCAGCGCGCGAUAGGAGAAGCACUGUUUGGAGGUUUCCAUGAUGAAAUCGAGGAUCUCACGCCCGAGGAACGAGAUGCUCUCACUAGGCAUGCAUUCCAGCACGAGGCUCUUCGGGCACGACGUCCUACAGUUUGGAUCCCCAGGGACGAUCUUGGUAUCAGCGAUGAUGAAAUUCGUCGCACUCAGGCAUACAGUGAUCACAUCUGGAUCAGUAACGAGGGUACAGCUCUCGACAGUAAAGUACGUGUGGUUUAUGGCAGAGCGCCUCCUGAUUUCUCAGAGGUCGACUUGAUCAACUUAUAA